AUGUUGGUCGCAAAAUUUAUUGUCCCUGUCAUUCGUAGAAUUCAUACCAAUAUUAUCAAAUAUUCUGUACAGGGUAAGCAAUGCAGCAAGGCACUAUGUAAGAGACCUCAAGACGUUAAAAAGGAAACGAUAUUACCGAAAUGUAAAGAAUAUCAAGAGAAACUUGCUAAAUGUCCGAAACUAUCUAAGGAACAGCGAUGUUGUAAGAAACUGUUUGCAAAACCUCCACCAAAAUGCAAAGAAAGAAGCGUCGUGGAUGUUUAUCAGAAAGCGUAUGAGAAUGUUACGAAACAGGCAAACGCUAUCUUGAAUAACAUUCAGAACGAAUCAAAAUCUAUGUUCGUCCAAUUAAAGAAAGAUAUAGAACUGUCGAAAAAUAACGAGCAGGUAAUGGUGAAAGGAAUUUUGCACGACAUUAAAAAAACUCUUCAGAAGUUGCUCGCAGUGGAUCCAUCGUUUGGUUCUAUGAAAAGGAAAUCUGCUAUGUCGCUGAAUCACGAGGUUCGCCAGGCUUUCGAGAACGUGGAAUACGAUGUCGUACCCCGAAUAAAACGAAUAAAAGUAAAUAUCGAGUGUUUAGAGCGCGACGUGUUAGUUUGCAUCGAUCGUGCCAAAUCUCUGAUAGUCUCCUGUCGCAAAUGCAAAACUCCGCAAGCGUUGGCCAAAUGCAUCGAAGAAAACGCAGUCUACGCGGAGAAGAUAUUAGACAAAACGUCUCAGAACGCGCAAACUGGUUUGGAUAAAAUCGAAUCGUUGCAACGUGGAAUUUUGGAAUAUCACAAGGCAUCGUUAACGAAUGUUUCGCAAACGUGUCGCAAAAAGGGCGAAGCAUUUUUGGAACACCUAAACAAUUGUGUCACUGCUGCUAAAAACGAACAGAAACGGCGAUCAUCGUGAAGCUGGUCCUCUUAGAAAGAAAUAUCAUUGUAUGAAUAGGUAAAUUAUU